GUCCUUCCCUUCUCUGCCGCAACCCUCGCCUGCAUCACUAUCCCUCUACCGGUUUUUCUCAGACUCUUCCCCUCUCUGCUCAAAACUCUAGCUCAUGUCCCUCACCCUACUCGUUUCGCCAAAACUAUUGCUUUUGUGUCUGAACCCUCGCGAUACAAUCCGAUUAGAGCUAACUGGGAAGGCAACAACUGGAUUGCGACGUACUGAGACCCGAAACUCCAAUCUUUCUCUUCGUUUCGCUCCGCCCCUACCCGAAACCAUCUGGGAUUUACGGCCGAAAUCCGUGAACUGCGGAUUUAUCGCAUUCGCGGAUUUAUUUUGUCCAAACCGGCCAUCUGGGAAGAUUUAGGUUAAAUCCGGCUCUAAAUCCGUUACCAGACAGCGGAGCUAUUCUCCCCACUGUCGCUGGCCUCGAUUUUCCUUGAGGAUGCCGAGGGCUCGAAACAAGAAGAGGAAGGAGGCAGCCGAAUCUAUUCCAAAGCCCGACGCCGCUUCUCUUGAUGGCGGGGACGCCAUCCCACACUUCCACGAUCGGCAAAUAGCUUUCAACCACCGUGAAGCUGAACGUCGAAUUGCUGCAAUCCGAGCUAUCGAAGUGGCUGAAGUACACAACAUGCUUGCUCGCCUUCGCAUGCUUCGAUCUUACUUGAGCAAGGAACAGCUACAGACUCCUGCUCUAAAAUUCUUCCAAGAGAACUUGCCGAACCUCUUGGUAGUGAGAAAUGAGGAAGACAAAGUGUUUGAGCUGAGGCAAAAUGAGAAAAAUGUUUUUGGACACGGACGUGCGUCAGUGGCUAGCACUGUUGGCGGCCAGCAAUUCUCAGUGGAGUCAGUGAAGCACAGUUUCCUAAAUGCAGCUGGGCUAGAAAUCUCUGAUUUUGUUCUUGAUGGUGCAGUGGACACUCAGAUGUCUCAGAUGCUGGGUGUGGGAAAUGGUUUCCAAACUCCUGGGGGGACGAGCAACCGGUCAUCAUUCGGUGUGACGUCGGCGACGAGAACUUCUAGACGGCCGAUGCAAGGGGAAAUGCUUCUUUCAAUUCGUGGCUCGCCUCUAGGAGUUUACAAUGAAGAUGAACUGGAAGCAAUUCAUGAAUCUGGUGAUGGCUCUCAUGGUGAUUCCUCUGGAUAGUGCUGAGAAGCUGCUGCUGGUUUCAGAAAUCUAGUAAGCUUUUGCCAGCUUCCAUGCAAGCAAAAGCAUACAUUUUGCUGUGUUAUGUUGAAUGUAGCUGAUCCAGAUCCAGCACAUCAAGGAAUGAACUUUUUGUAAUUUUCUUCAGAGGUAAAGUUGUGAAUUAUUCAGGGAUUCUGUUCAUUUAAAGUAUGGUUGUUUCGUUGGAGGUGGAUCUGCUUGAUUUUGUCUUGGGCGUU